CCCUCCCCUAUCCGUGUGACUCUUUGCGCAUCAUCCUACCAUCUGCCACCCCGUUUCAAGGGCGCUGAAGUUCAAAUCACUUUCCCAUACAAGAUUGGAGAGACUGGCUUGGCCGGUCACAGUCCAACUACGAUGGGAUUCUCAUCCCGGUAUCUCCGCAUUCCGCGGCCAGAGACUUUUCUCUACGUGAUGAGCCUGGAGACUGGCGCAUCCCUCAUCACCCUGUCACUGUUGCUCAACAAAAUCAGCGGCCUCUAUGGCCUUCUCGCGCUCUUGACCGGCUACCACCUGUCCCCCGUCCAGCUGUCCAUGUACCUCUACUCUCUCCUCGCUCUCGCCUUGACCGCCAUUCUCUUCCCUCACAUCCGCAAACAAUCGCCGUUGGAGUGUCUCGCCUUGGCCUGGCUGUAUCUGCUCGACAGUCUCAUUAACGCAGCAUUUACGGCCACGUUUGGUGUCACUUGGUUCCUGGUGGUGUCUCAACAUUACGAGGGGGGCACAGUGUCCGGCCCCGGCAGUGACACCAUCGCUCAAACAGCUGGAUUCACCAGCCCCAAGUACGAUGCCGCGUAUGUCGAGAUCCAAAACACCGAGAAUGGCAACAACUUCAUCGCUCAUCCGCCACGAGGUGUCGACCCAUUGAGUAACGCCGUCGACCAACCCGAGAGCUUCCAGAGUAUCAUGUUCAUCUGCAUCCUUUGGCUCAUCCGGAUCUAUUUUGUGCUUGUCAUGCUGGCCUUCGCCCGUCAGACUCUUCGUCUCUGGAUGGUCACACCUCGCCACACCCAACUGCCCACGCAUAGCCGUAACGUGUCCAUCGCAAGCGUGGCGGAUAUCGACCGUGAACCAUUCUCCGCCAUUAGCCCUGAAGGCCAGGGAUGGAAAGGCAAGCUGGGCCGAGUCAUGGUCGGCAUCGGUCGCAGUUACUGGCUUGGUGAGGAGGAGGAGGGUAACUGGCUGGGAAAUCUGGGCCAAAAACUGCGCAACCGUCAGAACCACGCCAGCCCUACAAAUGAGCUGCCCGGGCCUCUGGAACGCGAGCGUCGACGUCGGUCGGGUACUGGGCCCCCUCAACCUUCUCCGUCCAUCGUGCGGGGCGCUCAAUUCCCACAAACGAUUCCGGAGCAUGUCCCUGGCAUGAAUGUCAAGAUGCAGGAGUGGAAUGAACCUCGUUAG